AUGGCGAUGCAAAUGGAAGCGGCCACAUCGGAAUCCACCCGGAAAGACGACGAUUCGAUCGACGAUUUCCAGGAAUCGGCGUUCUCCGACCACGGAUGCUGUUCGUUUUGGAAUUUUCCGUGCAAUCCUUCGAGGAAUUCGGACAGCUGGGAGCGGAUUUCGACAUCGGAAUCGGAGCAGCAGGACGGCGGCGGCGGGGGUUGGUGGGGGGAGGGAGUGAAGACGUUGAAGAAGGUGAGGGAGUGGUCGGAGAUCGUGGCCGGUCCGAAGUGGAAGACGUUCAUCCGCCGGUUCAACAAAACCGCCGCCCGGCCCAAACAGGGGAAAUUCCAGUACGACCCCAUGAGUUACGCGUUGAACUUCGACGACGGCCCGGGGCAGAACGGUCAAAUCGAGGACGACAGAAUAUUCCGGGCAUUCUCGUCGCGGUACGCCGCGAUUCCGGUCCAGAACGGCCAGUUGAAGGACCCGCCGCCGCCGCCGUCGUUCACGUGA